AUGGUCGACCUUUUACACGAAUUGGUCCCCCGGACUCAGGACGAUGGUCUUGAACGUGGCCGACGGGCGAUGGUGGUGACGGCGGUUCUUACUGGAAUGGCUGCAUUUGUCGUUGCCUUGCGCUGUUAUGCUCGGUUUGGGCUGAUGAAAAUCACCGGUCGUGAGGAUUGGGCCAUUCUGGGCGCUUUGUUAUUGUCAUUUGCUUAUUGCGGCCUUGUCGGUGGUGAACAUCAUUACGGAAUGGGAAUCCAUCAAAAAUAUCUCCCAGCGCAUAUUGUACAACAACAAUUGAAGUGCUUAUGGGCCGCUAUCCCAUUAUACAACGCCAGUCUCGGUUUCACUAAAUUCUCCAUUCUCUUCCAAUACCUCCGCAUCUUCCCCGCUCGCUGGUUCCGAAACUCAUGCUAUGGCAUAAUGGCAAUCGUCGCCACGUACUCAACCUGGGCCGUCGUCAGCGGCUACGUGAACUGUGUACCGGUCGCCAAAUUCUGGAACCACGAUCUACCAGGCCACUGCCUCAGCUUCGACGCCGUCUGGUUCUUCAACGCAUCGAUGAACAUCGCAACAGACGUGACUCUUCUCCUCCUCCCAAUGCCGCUACUCUCCGCGCUCCAACUCCCGCGCAUGCAGAAGUUCGCGCUCAUGGGCGUCUUCGCCAUUGGUAUUCUUGUCGUUAUUACGAGCAUCCUCCGUCUCUCCAGUCUUCGUACCGUCGCUAGCAGCUCAGAUACAUCCUACAGCAAUGUCGGCGCGGCCUACUGGACCGCAGCCGAAUGCAAUGUCGCCAUUAUCUGCGCCUGUCUCCCCUUCCUCCGUCCCAUCCUCAGCGUACUGUUCCCCAAGCUGCUUUCUACGAACAGCUGCAAUCGCUACACGGGCAACGACGCUAUUACCGCCAACCGAUUUACUAGUCAUCGAUCCGCAAGGCAGCAAAGCCAGUUGUUUAGUCGCAAUGAUGAACGGGAUUACGAUGUGUAUUCCAUCAAUGUUAAGCCCGGUGAUGGGUCGGAACGGACCUCGCUUGGUGGUAUUGAGGUUACCACCGAGAUGACGGUCAUGCAAGAGACCAAGCACGACGAAAAUGUGAGCGAGCGGCGGCUUGUCAUGGAUUCUUGA